AUGGAGAACCAGACCGUGUACCAGCCCAUCUGUCCCGCGCUUCGACCAUUUCUGGAUCCUGAAUAUGUGCAAUUUCACGAGCGGUACAUGCAGUACGUAGUACCUGACCAUGUUAAAGCAUGGGACGGCAGUGCACGUACUCAGCCGUCACUCCCACCUGGUGGCUCGGUACCCGUUCCAGUCCAACGAAUACAAGAUGUUCGUCUAGAGAACUGUCAGCUGAGGGUCUUCGUACCUGACGAUCUUAUGGGAGAUCAGAAAGCACCAGCACUACUGUGGUUCCACGGUGGCGGAUGGGCUAUUGGAAGCAUCGAUAGCGAGAACGACUUCUGCGCAUAUACAUGUCAGACUGCGAAAUGUAUUGUAGUCACCGUCGGCUACCGGUUGGCGCCGGAGCAUCCGUACCCAGCUGCUGCAGAAGAUGCCAUAGAAGCUCUUCAAUGGCUAUUUAAGCAGGCGACAAGGCCCACUGCCUUUAACGUCGAUCCUCAGAGAGUGGCAGUUGGUGGAACAUCUGCUGGCGGAAAUCUGGCAGCAGUAUUACUCUUAGAGGCUGCCUGCUUAUUUCGAUCCUUCAAGCCUGUCUUUCAACUUCUGGUCGUUCCAGUCAUCGACAACAAAGCUACGCUGGGUAAUGGCUGGACCAACAUUUAUGCCCCUUGGUUGACGCCAGACAGAAUGCUCUGGUAUCGAAAGAUGUACCUCCCCAAUGAUGGCAUCGUGCGAGAGCUUUCUCGAGAAGAUUGGCAGAUAUCACCCAACAUGGCUCCAUACAAGUUGCUUUCCAAGUGUCCACCGACAUGGAUAGCAGUUGCUGAGCACGACCUCUUGGCCACAGAAGCGCUUGCAUAUGCACAACAACUUCGAGAUGCCAAGGUCCAAGCAGACGUGAAAGUGUACCAAGGAUCCACCCAUUCCAUUUUGGCACUCAAUGGGGUGUUGUCGAAGGGCCGAGAGUUGAUGUGGGAUGCGGCCAGUGUGCUUAGCAGAGCAUAUCGGCCUCAAUACUUUGCUCCGUUGCCAUCGCCAGAGGAGUCGAUAUGA